AUGUAUCUCCGUGCCGUCCAUGCCGAGAACCACAUCCCAACACUUCGCGCCUUCAUCCGCGCCAAUCCCUUGGGCAUCUUUACCACCGCAAUCGACUCGCCCAAUUUUCCAUUCCUCCAGUCCAGCCACAUCCCCUGGAUCCUCGACGUCCAAGAUGAAGGCAGUGAGACCGAAUUAGGGGUCUUGCGCGGCCACAUGGCACGGGCGAAUCCCCAGGCGAAGUCCUUGAUACAGCACCUGAGUUCCGCGGAGGAUUCCGCGGCAUCCACAAUGAGCCCCCGAAAGCUCGAGAGGGAUGUCAUGGUGCUCUUCAACGGACCGGCGCACCACUAUGUAACGCCCAAGUUCUAUGUUGACACCAAGCCCGCGACUGGAAAGGUCGUGCCAACUUGGAACUACGCUGCCGUACAGGUUUACGGAAAGCUCAGCGUCUACUUCGACACCAAGUCCGAGUCAACCAAUACCUUCCUGUCCAAGGCGAUUGCGGAUCUAUCUCAGCUCGCUGAAACGCAGAUCAUGGGUUAUGAGAAGCCCUGGCAGGUAGAAGACGCACCGUCCAACUAUAUCGACCUGUUGCGAAAGGCUAUCAUCGGUAUAGAGAUUGAGAUUACCGACAUGGGUGGAAAAUGGAAGAUGAGUCAGGAGAUGAAAGAGGGUGACAAUCAAGGUGUUGAGGCUGGAUUCAAUGCUCUAGACACGGAAGUGGGCAAGAAGAUGGCUGAGAUGGUGAAGACACGAAGGAAGGUAGAGCAACAGUCAUGA